GACCAUUCCCAGGAAUUCAUCAAUCUCUCCUCCAUAUCGCCAAGAAGCCAUGCCUUCAGUCCCCCUUUCAUGACUGGUUCGGCGAUGUUGGUCUCUGCCCAAUUCCCUGUUUUGCAUCACCAUCAUCAUUCUUUCACUUCUCUCUGUUAUUGCUUGUUCCGUCUUCCCUGCUGUGUUGGGGCUGUGCAACCUCUAAUAUCCUACCACGUAUUUUACUUGCAAACGCCCCCGACCACACAUUCCUUCUUUAGACACUCUUACUCUGACCUUCUCACCCGUCACAACGCUGUAUUGUAAACAUUCAGUGGUCUCUUGGACUGUUACGGUUCCGCCUUUUCGAGACAACUGAGAUAUUUCACUGUAGAGUGACCGGGGUUGGUGUUCUGAACGAUGCACAAGUUUCGCCAUCAGGCAAAAGUUGCCGCGUGGUAUAAUGAUCCGAACGAUGAUGCCAAUUUGCCCAUCAAGAAUCCCUUCGCCAAGUGGAAACCCAGUUCCAGGUCAAAUACUUUGCGGCGCAUUGAGAACGGGGAAGGCAAUGGCUCACCCCUGACCACGACCAGAACAGAUGACCCAAACCACUAUCGGCCUUCUUCGUCAAGAGAGAGGGGUGAAGAGCUCGGGGCAACUCCAUCAGUGAAACACGCGGCGACGACGCCAACUGCCAGAUCGGCCACAAAGCCAUAUGCUCCUGGCGAUGAAGUCGAGUUGCCGCGAUCGCUGAGUCCCGUCGGUUCGGAGAGCGGGCUCAAAGACGAGUUCCCGACCGGGCCCACUGAAGACGGGAUGAGCAGCGAUACCUACACAUAUGGCAAGCCCAGUCAAACAGACGAAGCGGGUUCGGUGCGCAACCGUGGUCUCGGUGAACAAAAAACAGAGAAACAUGGUAUCAAGGCAAUCUUCAGCCGCGAGUCCAAAGGAGAGACGGAUGACAACAACGGCAAAGACAAGCCAGUCUUUACUGCGUGGAGCCAGAUUCGGGCAACCCUCUUCAAUUCCUGGAUCAAUGUCCUUCUGAUUGCCUCGCCGGUCGGCAUUGCGGUCUACUACGCGCAUAUCAAUCCUGUCGCAGUUUUCGUCAUCAACUUCAUCGCCAUCAUCCCCUUGGCAGCCAUGUUGAGUUAUGCAACCGAGGAGAUUGCGCUGAGGACUGGCGAAGUUCUUGGUGGUUUGCUUAACGCUUCCUUCGGUAACGCAGUCGAGCUGAUUGUGUCCAUUAUUGCUCUGGCCAAAGACCAAGUCUUGAUCGUCCAAACUUCCUUGAUCGGCAGUAUGCUCUCCAAUCUGCUGCUGGUCAUGGGCAUGUGUUUUUUCUUUGGUGGCGUCAACCGCAUGGAACAGGCGUUUAACAUCACAGUUGCGCAGACGGCUUCCAGUUUGCUUUUCUUGGCAGUCAGCAGUCUGAUUAUCCCCACCGCCUUUGAGCAGUGGGCUCGAACUGGAAAUAGCAACAGCAACACCGAGACUGCCACUACCGAGAAUGCCAAACCCGGCGUGGCAGAGCUAAGCAGAGGCACCGCCAUCCUUCUCCUCAUUGUCUAUGCUUGCUACCUGUUUUUCCAACUCAAGAGCCACUCGGCAAUCUAUAACGCUCCCAGCGCGAAGAACGAGACUCGGGAUGUAGGCACCAAGUUGAAGAAAGCAAUUCCCAACAAAUUCCGCUCUAAGAAGGAGCCAGAAGCCGAGACGCCGGAGCCAGCAGAUAACGAUGAGCCCGAGCAGCCCCAACUCUCUAUCUGGGUUGCUCUGCUGACGUUGGCAAUUUCCACCGUCCUUGUCGCCCUCAAUGCCGAGUACUUGGUUGAUUCGAUCAACGCCAUCACCUGCGGCGGCGGCAUCUCCAAGAACUUUGUCGGUCUCAUAUUACUUCCCAUUGUUGGCAACGCUGCGGAACACGCAACUGCGGUCACAGUGGCUGUCAAAGACAAGAUGGAUUUGGCCAUCGGUGUGGCUGUCGGUUCCAGCAUGCAAAUUGCACUUCUCGUGCUCCCAUUCGUGGUUGUUUUGGGCUGGAUUAUCGGCAAAGACGACAUGACCUUGUUCUUUGAUGGCUUCCAGAUCGCUGUCUUGUUCGUGGCGGUCUUGCUUGUCAACUACUUGAUCAGUGAUGGCAAGUCACACUAUCUCGAAGGUAUCUUGCUCAUGACCCUGUACAUCAUCAUAGCGGUGGCCGCCUGGUUCUAUCCUACCGCUCCGGGCCUCAGCGACUGCCCGGCAUGAUUUCCUUUCUAUGUUACGCUAUUCGAAUUUCCCUCUAGACCGGGUUUGAGAGCGAUCUAUUUCACGUCAAUUCGGCGUAGGACGUCGACGAAGCUUGGUGGUUUACGUCUCAAAAAAAGGCCAAUACAGCUUUUUAAUCAACUUUCGUUGUGGUACAUGCUUGGAAUUUGGAGAUUUGAAAUUCACGGCUCAACAAGCCGUAUCACCUCCCCACACGUUCAGUCGCUAUUCAUUUGAGCGACAGUCUCGAUCCCUGCCGGCUAUCUCGGAUUCCAAUUUCCUGGUAUGUGACCGAGCCACAUGUCAGGGUCAUUUCAAGCCCGUUCAAAGGCAAAUCCCGACUCAAACAUUGACUCGCCUCAGAAGCGGUCACAACUCAUCCUAUAGCCGGCUCGGCAGGCAGACUUCACCAAUAUGUCAACCGAGUGGCUAAAUGGCAGCCACCAAGGACCGUCUCUGGUACCGCAGAUCUGGAAGGUUCAGCCUCUACAGCGAUUCAGGGGCUGCCAUUGGGAGUGUCUAGACGGGGGUGAUCGCAAGAUACAUUUGGUAGCAGAGAGUACUUGGCCCUCAUCUUGUUAGGAGGGCUAUUGGAACGGAGGCUGUUGAGCUGUGAUACUCGAAGGUUGGUGGUGGAAUACAUUACGGCAAAGCAAAGACAAAUUUGCUUGUCAACAGCCUCGAAUGAGCUCCUUUGCUCUGAAGAGAGGCCAGUGGACCCCGGAUGGGAGAUAGACAUGAAAUGUAGGCUCGUAACUUCAGCCUCCAACACAAAAAAUGAAAAGACAUGAAAAAGGUGUGUGUCUUGCUUCGAAAUGAAUGUCAUCUGUGCGGGGUCUCCGUG